UUGAUGCUGUCUAAUAACUGUGAUGCUGUCAUAUUCUGUCAAAUAGAGCAUUUUGCACUUGUACCUUAAUUUAAAGUUCAAUAGUUUUCAAAAGUGGUGUUUCAAAUAAAUUAAAGAUAAGUAAUGAUUGUUGUGAAUAAUUAAUUGAAUUGAAAUGUCCAAACUGUAAAUUUUGUAACACAUAAACACUAUAAUGGUUCGAAGCGGUCGGGACCGAGACAGGGAUCGCGAUCGGCGUAGGUCCCACAGCCGUUCGCUUACUCCAGAUCGAAAAAGGAGGCGAUCUAGGUCACGAAGCAGGGAUAGAACAUCCAAAAGCUCUAAAAGAAAGCGUAGUCGUAGCAGGGAAAGAGAAUCUAAAAGAGACCGAAGUAGAGAUAGGGAUAGAGAAAGAGACAGAGAUAGAAAAAGGGACAAGAGGGAUGAAAAGAGCAAUGGCUCAAGUAGUAAGUCUCGGAAGAAAUCACAAGACAGAGAUAAAGACACUGAGAGUGGCAAAUCUAAAGAAAAGUCAGUUAAAACAGAGGCCGAUUAUGAUAUUGGAUCUGCUGAUAAGGAAGAGGAACAAAAUCGCCUUGAGGCUGAAAUGCAAAAACGUCGCGACCGUAUUGAACGAUGGCGCGCCGAGAGGAAGCGGAAGGAACUGGAGACCGCCAAGAAGGAGGUGCAGAAGGGUAGUUUGGUUACCAAUAUCCAAACACCGUCUGUAAAGAAAUGGUCAUUGGAAGAUGAUUCCGGCGAUGAAGGUGAUGAAGAUAAGGAGGCAAAAGAGAAGCAGAUUGCAGAAGAGAAGAAAGAAGAAGAUGAAAUUGAUCCACUUGAUGCUUACAUGCAGGAAGUGCAACAGGAAGUACGUAAAGUCAACCAAAUAGAUCAGGCUCGAGGCGUCAUUAACCUGCCCUCAUCAGACUCCAGUGUCGUGAUAUUAACGGGAACAGCUAAGAAGCAAGUUUCUGAGCAGAAGAAUAAAGGGGAGUUAAUAGAACAGAAUCAAGACGGUCUAGAAUAUUCUUCGGAGGAGGAAACCGAAGAUAUAAAGGACGCGGCCGCUAACCUCGCGUCGAAACAACGCAAGGAAUUGGCUAAAGUUGACCACUCCAGUCUACAGUACAUGCCGUUUAGAAAAGCUUUUUAUACUGAAAUUAAUGAAUUAGCAAGAAUGACUCCCGAAGAAGUAGAAGCAUAUAGGACAGAACUCGAAGGCAUUAGGGUAAAGGGCAAAGGUUGCCCAAAACCAAUUAGAACUUGGGCACAUUGUGGCAUCAGUAAAAAGGAGUUGGACAUAUUAAAGAAACUAGGAUUUGAGAAGCCUACUCCGAUUCAAGCGCAAGCUAUACCAGCUAUUAUGUCAGGGAGAGAUUUAAUUGGCAUAGCGAAAACAGGUUCCGGAAAGACAUUGGCGUUCAUACUACCAAUGUUCCGGCACGUUUUAGAUCAGCCUCCACUGGAAGAUACGGAUGGACCAAUAUCCCUCAUCAUGACACCCACUCGAGAACUGUGCAUGCAAAUUGGGAAGGAUAUUAGGAAGUUUGCGAAAUCUUUAGGUUUGCGGGUAGUUUGUGUAUAUGGAGGGACGGGGAUAUCUGAACAGAUAGCGGAACUAAAGCGCGGUGCGGAAAUAAUAGUGUGCACGCCGGGUCGUAUGAUAGACAUGCUGGCGGCCAACUCGGGCCGCGUGACCAACCUGCGCCGGGUUACCUAUGUGGUACUCGACGAGGCGGACAGGAUGUUCGAUAUGGGCUUUGAGCCUCAGGUGAUGAAAAUAAUUGACAACAUCCGUCCGGACAGGCAGACGGUGAUGUUCAGCGCGACGUUCCCGCGGCAAAUGGAGGCGCUUGCUCGUAGGAUAUUGCAGAAACCUAUCGAAGUACAAGUUGGCGGACGCAGUAUAGUGUGCAAAGAGGUGGAACAGCAUGUUGCUAUUUUGGAAGAAGACGCGAAAUUCUUUAAGCUUCUAGAAUUACUGGGUCUAUACAGUCACAUGGGCAGCAUUAUUGUGUUUGUGGACAAACAGGAGAAUGCGGAUAGCCUGUUGAAAGACCUAAUGAAAGCCUCGUAUUCUUGUAUGAGCUUGCAUGGAGGUAUUGAUCAAUUCGACAGGGACUCGACGAUCGUGGACUUCAAGUCGGGCAAGGUGAAGCUGCUGGUGGCCACCAGCGUGGCCGCCAGGGGGCUGGACGUCAAGCAGCUCGUGCUCGUCGUCAACUACGACUGCCCCAACCACUACGAGGACUAUGUGCAUCGGUGCGGGCGCACGGGGCGCGCGGGCAACAAGGGGUACGCGUGGACGUUCCUGACGCCGGAGCAGGGCCGCUACGCGGGCGACGUGGUGCGCGCGCUCGAGCUGGCCGGCGCCGCCGCGCCGCCCGACCUGCGCGCGCUGUGGGAGCGCUACAAGGACGCGCAGGAGAAGGACGGCAAGCGCGUGCACUCCGGCGGCGGCUUCAGCGGGAAGGGUUUCAAGUUCGACGAGUCGGAGGCGCAAGCGGCGUCGGAGCGCAAGAAGUACCAGAAGGCGGCGCUCGGGCUGCAGGACUCGGACGACGAGGACGUGGAGGGCGACCUCGACCAGCAGAUCGAGACUAUGCUCGCUGCUAAGAAAAUUGUUAAGGAAAUUAAGCCGGGCGCGGCGGGCGCGGCGGCGGGCGGGGGCGCCGGCGGGGGCGCGGGCGCGGGCGCGGCGGCGGGCGGCGCGGACGGCAAGCUGGAGCUGGCGCGCCGCCUCGCCUCGCGCAUCAACCUCGCCAAGGGGCUCGGCGUCGAGCACAAGGGCGCCACGCAGCAGGCCGCCGAGGCGAUCCUCAAGGGCUCGCCCUCCACGCACACGCUCAUUACGGCCAAAACCGUGGCGGAGCAGCUCGCGGCCAAGCUGAACACGCGGCUCAACUACCAGCCGCGCGACGAGGCGAACGCGGAGCCGGCUGAGGAGGUGUUCCGGAAGUAUGAGACCGAGCUGGAGAUCAACGACUUCCCGCAGCAGGCGCGCUGGCGGGUUACGAGCAAGGAGGCGCUAGCACUUAUAAGCGAGUAUUCAGAGGCGGGAAUAACAGUGCGAGGGACCUACGUGCCUCCGGGUAAGACACCACCAGAAGGCGAAAGAAAACUCUACCUCGCCAUAGAAAGUUCCCAAGAACUUGCCGUAGCUAAAGCCAAGUCGGAAAUAACGCGCCUCAUUAAGGAAGAGCUGUUGAAACUACAGACAUCUUCGCACCAUAUGAUUAAUAAAGCCAGAUAUAAGGUUUUGUAAUGUAUUAAUAAAUUGACGAUUUGUA